AUGAGUAUGAAAGUUGAAAGCUUUCCCUGUAAAUCAGCCAUCAAAUAGAGCUUUCAUUCCGGCCAUGUUUCGAAACAGUGUGUUUCCAAUGUGAAAGUGGGUAGAGAAGAGUUUGUGUCCAGAUUGCUUGAUAGAAGAUGGACGUUGCCUAUCCCUGAUACCAAAAUUCACCAAAUAAUGUUUUCAACCAGCAAAGUACAGCCACAACCAGGCAGACCGUUGUCUGAUAUUUCGUUUUGGAAUAAUACUAACCCAUGUUUUAGCGAUGCUAUGGUGGAAAGGGACGAUUCUUUCUUUAUUGUGAGAGAUGAUUUGUUGCAUCCAUUGAUAAAUGGAAAUAAAGCAAGAAAAUUGGAUGCAUUGAUUCCCCUUGUGGAAGAUCAUUCUGUGACUGAUGUGGUGACAUGUGGAGGUUGUCAAAGUGCCCAUACAGCAGCUGUUGGUAUUGUGUGUUCUUCAGCCGAACUUAAAUCGCGUUUACUUCUACGAGGGGAGCAUCCUGCAGUACUGACUGGCUAUAACUUGAUGUCAACAAUAUAUGGCAAUGUCACAUGUGUUCCAAGAUCACUUUAUGCUAAUAGGGAAAAGAUGUUAAAAAGCCAUGCUGAUUACUUGGCUAGCAGUAGUGGUAACAUCCUUUGGUUUGAUGAUAUUCUGGAGGCUUCUUUGAAUCAAAAUGAUGGCGUUCUAAACAUUAUGCAAAAGGAUACUCAUAGAAGUGACCAUUCUCAGAAAAUUGUAAUUGUCAAUGAAGGUGCAGGAGAUGUUGUAGCAUUACUAGGUUUGAUUUGCCUAGUGCAGUACUUAUCACAGAAUCACUUACUUGGAAAAGAGAAGGUCUUGAAGCUUGUUGUAGAUUCUGGAACUGGGACAACGGCUGUUGGUUUAGCUCUUGGAGCCAUUAAUUUGAAAUACCCCUGGGAGGUAACUGCAGUGGUGUUGGCUGAUACGUAUGAUGGGUACAGGCAUCAGGAGAAGCGCUUGAUCACCAAUUUCCAGAAGCAUUUCCAUACUCAUAUUGAUCACCACUUCGAUGAUAUAGAUAGAAUUGUGCACUGGGUAGAACGUUGCCACCCCAGAAAAUUUGGCAAUGUACUGGAAGGGGAAUUAGAAGCAUGCCAACAUAUUGCACAACAAACUGGUAUUUUAGUCGACCCAAUUUACACACUUUCUGCUUGGGAGAUGGCCGUGGCCCUUCAUAAAAAGGAAGCAGAAGUUGAAAGAGGUGCAAAAGUGGUGAUGCUUCACACUGGAGGCACUCUAGGCAUGUUUGGAUUAGCACAGAGGUACAAAUCUUACUUCUCCAAGCUUAAAGCUGGACCAUCCUAAUAAAGAGAUAACUAGCAAGCUAAGUCCAGUGAGCUCAACAACACAGUA